GCGCGAGCUAGCGUACUGACACACUAGCAUUCAGCGCUACAAGCUCGUUGCGCCUGGGCGCCGUGACGCGCGACCCGGGGCCGGAGCUGCUGCCCGCGAGGCACUCCUGGCCCACCGGGGGCUGCCCGAGGCGUUGUGCUAACAACCCUUGGUUCACAGGCAGCCAUGGCCCUCACACCAAGUAAUGCUGCCCCCGUAACAACAAGGAGCCCCUCCGAGGACCCCCUGGCCACGACUUUAUUUAGAAGUCCGGUCACGAACCUCGACGCGGACGUGAUCAUGGAGAGCCCGCAGCACAAACCCAGUAUCAGCGACGCGCCGCAAUACGAGGUCACGAUGGACCAGCUGCCCUGGCCGGACUGGCCCGCGGUGCGAUUGCGAAGCAUCACGCACUUUAAUCGGUUCGUGAAGCCCAGGGAUCGCACCAGAGCACUCAUCGCCGAUCAUUUAUCCACGACCCCGUAUGCCCAACCUGUGAAACCCGUGAAGCCGCCGACGCCGCCGCCCUCGCCGGCAGAAAUCGCGGAGAAGCGUUUGACUAAGAUAAGGCGCAAGAUUGAAGAAGAGUGGCCGGACGUCGAGCCGGUCGACGACGCGACGGUCGACCAUCUUGGCAAGGUCGUGAAGAAGGCCAAGGCCAAUACUGAAAUAGAGGAGUACCGCAUGGAGGUGACGCCGGCGCUCGCGAACGCCCUUGGGGUUCCUGACGAGGACGCGGCGACGCUCGCGCUCGGCAAGAAGCGCAAGGCUUCGGCGGUGGUGUCGCCCGAGCCGAGCACGGACGACGUCUCGGAUGAGGACGAUGUGGUAGAUGACCGUGUCAGCCAUCUCCUGGAGGACGCCUUGGAUCGGAAGGUCCACGAGAUGUUGACCGAGGAGGCGGGCGAGAGCGAUGAAGAUCUCGUGGCCUUCGUCAUUCAUUUAGCAAGGGAGGCGGACGAUCGGGACGCGUUCCUCGCUACUUUAAAGGCGCAGGGCGCGGCAUUUCGCGACGACUUCGCGAAGGCGUUGUAUCAUGAGGUCGAAAAAUAUGAUCAACCAAAGGCGCCAAAAAUGGCGCUCGUCGAGGAGCAGGUCAUGCUGUCUGGAGACGCGCAGGCGCAAUUGGCGGCGGAGGGCGCGCUCGAGCGGUUUGAGAACGAGAACGAGGACCCUUCCCUAGCCCUCGAGAAGUUCCACGAAUCCAGAAAGCCGGCCAUCCCCGAUGCGGUCUGCGAGGAGUUCAAGGGGUUCAUUGAUCGCGAUCCAGCUCGACGGCUUGAAGUGGAUGAAGUGAGACAUGAAGGUAGAUUAACAGCCGAGGCUAUUAGGGAAGCUAGAGAGGCGGCCAAGGACUUGGACGGGGAAGAUUUGGAGAUUGUCGGUGAUAAUCGGGAGCUGGACCCCAUCGCCGUCAGUUCGGAGAUGGAAUUGAGGUUGGCGCACACCAUCGCCACGAACCUGGGGAACGAUUUGCACCGCGACCGCGUCAACUCCGUAUUAGCGCCUCCAUUGUCGUCGGAAAGCGUUUAUUGUCAUGCUGAUUUACAACAAGGACUGCCGGGGGCCAUCGUCGCCUUCGACGGCGGCGAGGACGGCACGUCUAACGAAUUGGAGACGCGCCACCUGCAGGACGCGGAUCUGCGGAGGAGGGCGAAGUGGGAGCAGGCCGUCGGCGAGUGGCACGCGCAGCAGGGCAACUCCGUCGACGCGUAUCAACAUUUCGGCAAAGCGGCUUCGCUGUACGAGAAGGCGCGCUUCACCGAGGGGCCACCAGGCAAAGUGAACGCGCAGGACGUGUUUGUUUAUGAUGCCUUCGCGAUCAAAGCUCUGAAACGGAUCCAGAGGUAUUACCGGAGGCACCACGAGUUGCUGGGCGACGCCUUCACUAAAUGCAAAGCCUUAUAUCGAGGGAGUACAGUAAGAAACCGGAACCGGCGCUAUCACAGACGCCUCUACGCGGCGGCCGUCUUCGCCCAGAAGCCUUGUAGGAGGUGGUAUGCAAGAAGGUGGAACAACGCCAUUCAUCUGGAGCGGUGCGAGCGGGGCCGGAAGGCGCGCCGAAUCGCGUUUUUGAUACGAAGGGAGCGGGAGCUGCGCUGGAAGCUCGCGUUCUUCAUGAAAAGGUGCAUUGCUAAAAUAAGAGCGAGGAUACGGCGGGGCCGCAUCUGGGGCGCGACGACGAUUCAAAGAGUGUGGCGCGGCGGUUGUGGGAGAGCGGCCUUCGCGGACGAGCUCGCGCGCUACCGCGCGAGACGGCUCAAGGCCGCGACGAUGGCGCAGACCGUCGCUAGAAGAGCGAGAGCCCGCGCGCGCGCGCGCAUCCGCGAGCGCGAGCUUGUCAAAGCGGAGGCGGCGCGCCUCGCCGCGGAGCGGAAGCUAGUGAAGCGGGCCGCGGCGCUCGCGGAGUUAAGGACCGCGCUGAAGUUGGAGGCGCCUUCCUCAUCCGGUCCCGCCCUGAAGUUCUGGGCUGCUAGAUUACGCGCGGACGACGACGACGACGCCGCGACGGAAGAUAUUGAAGAGAAGAAAGCGAGGGAGGCCUUCGCGGCCGGCGCGCACGACGGGACCGUGAUGAAGAGCGAAAACCUUGAAGAGGCGCUCGCGGCGGCGGGCCUGUCGCAAAACGAGUCGGACGUCGCGGCCGCGUUUGGGGAAUUGGGCGGCAAGGCGGAGAUCACGUUCCCGGACUUUGCGCACUGGCUCGCGACGAAUGGGAAGAGACGGAAGCCUCGUUUAAGUUUCUUGAAGCGCCUCUUCGCCAAGAAGCCCAAGAUUGAUUUAGCAGCUGCUAUCCGAAGGCGUGCCGCCGGGGAAGCUAGACGGGACGCGGCGCGGCGCGCGGCGCGCCGGGCCGUGAACGGUCUACGCGAGGACCUGGGCCACCCACGCUUCGCCUGCGGCGCCUGCCACGCGACCUUCGCCUUGCAGCGGGACUUCGUCAAGCACUUUGAUCGGUUUGGGAACUGCUCGGCGAGCCACGCGCACGCGCGGCCGCACACCGCCGAGGAAAAAAAGACGCGGAAGCGGGCCUUCCCCUUCCACAUGAAGUCGAUUGUGGUCAGCGCGAAGGAGCACCGCGCGCGCGCGAAUUGUCUACGGGAGCUGAGCCGUUUGGAAGAUGAGGAGCGUGUGGUGGAUGCGGCGGGCCGCGACGCUUAUGCCCAAGCGCGCCACGCGCUCGACGAGGACCCGGCGGCAAAGAAGGAGCUCGGUUUCGUGAUCCGGGGCCUGCGGGCGGUCAUCAAGAAGCGUCUGAAGGCCGAGGCGGAGCUGCGCGACAUCGUGGACGCGCUCGACGCCAAGGGGCUGCUUGAUUCCAGAUGCGUGCGGGGCCUCUUCCGCGCCAUGCGGGCCGGCGACGUCGAGCCCGGUUCAUUGAAGUGGCGCGACGCGGACGAGAUGGCGGCGGCGGCCGCGCGCGCCGUGCUCGCGCUGAAAGAAGCGUGGCCGGGCGCCGAUAUCUUAGUGACAGCCAAUGAGUUGAUCACGUGGUGGCGCACGGGCGGGCGGUCGACGGGCCUCUCGACGACUGCUCUUAAAACCCCCGACACGGUCCGCGCGCUCGCCAAGGACGUGCUCGCGCGGCGCGCCGAGGCCGCGGCGCGCGCGGCGGCGCGGCGCGACUUUCGGGGGGAACGACCGCCGCUCCGGGACGUCGGCUUCGACGAGGACCAGCUCAAGGCCCACGAUCUGAGGCACCUCUCAGCUGCCGCGGUCGACCGGCGCGCGCGGGCCGACGACGAGGGCGAGGCGCGGUGCGUCGCGGCGGCCGCGGCGCUCGUGCGCAAGGGCCAGGAGAAGAAGAAGCGCACGACCAAGGUCGCGCCGGAGCGCAUGAACCUCGACGACAUGUCGAGCGACGAGGAGGAGGACGCGCCCGGGGCGCCGGCGCCGGCGCAGCAGCCCCAGGACGGCGCCGUGUCGCAGCGCGAGGCCGAGAAGAUUUUAGCUGAGGCCGAGCAGCGCCUUGAGGACGAGUGCCGCGAGAUGCUGACGACACCGCACGGCAGGGACGCUUUGGUGUUCGAGGCGGCGCGGCUCCAGGCCGCGGCCUGGCUCGAGGACGGCGGCACCGAAGAUGAGAAACUGGCGGCCUCGGCGGCGCGGUGCUUCGACGCGGGCAGCGACGGUGUCGUGGAUGGCCGGGACCUCCCAGAACUCAUAAAAUACGCGACGGGCGACUUGAGUGAGGCGGACCACGCCUGGAUGUUCGACCGUAAGGACGGCUUGGUGGCAACGGACGACGUCGUCACGUAUUUGUGUCAGCGGAAGGGCCUGGUGCAAGAGCGCACGAUCGACGCGACCAUGUCCCUCAUCGCGCGCGCGCGGCAUCGGGCACGCGACCGGCAUCGCGCGCACGACGUGACGGACGACCUGCGGCGCGCGCGGCGGAACGCCCUCGACCACUUGGUCGAGAACGCGUGUUUGCGGGCGCACGCCUGCCGCGACGCCGAGCACAAAGUUAGAAUAUUGUCGUCGACGCGGCGGGGCCUCGCGCGCCUCGAGUGGGACGCGUGCAACCACGAGGCCAUGCGCGACCACUACUUCGCCCGCGCGACGUCUUUAUCGAAGGAGGACGCGGCGCUGGAAGAGGCGGCGUACGUCUUCGCCUGGUUCGACGUCGAGCACUCGGGCGUUUUAGAUACGCACGAGGCCUGCCCGAAGUUCCUGCUGGCGUUUGGUUGCUGUCAAACGUGGCCCGAGGCGCUGGUCGCGACGCGCGACGCCGCGCCGGGCAAGGCCGAGGUGUCGUGGCCCGUGCUGAAGAGGUUCCUGGUCGCGCACCGCCCGGAGCGAUUACAGCAAGGGUGGCGCGACGUCAAGCCGGGCUCGGAGUUAGAUCGGGCCGUGCUGGCGGCCCGCGUCGAGGCGGCCCUCAAGCUGCGCCAGGCGCUGGCCGCGGAGCGCCGCGCGGAGCGAGCGGCCGCGAAGCGCGUUAACGAGGGCCUCGUCGCGUUUGCCGAGGCGCGCCACGCGAAGAACUACUCCUUCGUGGGCGACCUCGUCCGGGCGGCACACGCCGAGGAAAAUAAGGGCCCCGGCGACGCCACCGAGGCGGCGCGCCGUAAGUUGGAGCGCGCGGCGUACCACGCCGAAGCGGACGCCCGACGCUUCCUCGCAACGGCGGCGGGCCAGCGGGCCCUGCGGAAGCGGGAGGAGGAGAUCAUCGCGCGCCGGCGGUCGGCCGGGCUGCCGGCGGUCGACGGUCUGCCCCCCGCGGCGGCGAUCGCGAUCGACGAUGUAUGGUCGGACCAUGCGCGAACCAAGGACAACACGGUCGACCGGGCGGAGCUGAGCCGCGUCGUCCAUCGAUUGAUAAAGGAGCGUGGCGUGCCGCUCGAAGGAGAUGUAAGUGCUGCGCUCGCGCCGACGCGCGUCGUGGCCGACCCCGAGCUCCUGGCGCACCGCGCGGCCAUCAAGGACUCCGCCGUCCGCAAGCUCCUCCACCCGGGCGGCGACAAGGCGGCGAAGAAGGAGUUGGGGCGCCUCGCGAAGCGCAAGAUGAGUUUGUUGCUGUCGCUCGCCGUGCAUCACGACGACGUCAAGGACCGGGGUGGCCGCGCCCCAGACGCCUCGCGCUGCUCGCGAGCCGAGUUCGACGCGUGGUGCGCCAAAGCCCACGCUCUUGCCUUGACGCGCAACGUUUUGAGGAUAAUGAACCCGAAGGCCGCGGCGCCGCGACAUUGCGCGUUGCAGAGCAUUCUGGCGCAUGCGCGGUCGGACGCCCGCGACUCGGCUCGCGAUGUCAUAGCCCGUGAACACCUCGGCGUCGAAGAGCACGUGGUGAAGCCCCACCACGCGGCGAUUUUACAUAGAUGCGCGGUGCUGUCGGCCUUCGCGACCGCCGACGUCGAGCACUUCCUCAAGUCGGCGGCGGGCAAGGGCGUGUUGAAACGGCGGGCCGACGCCCUGGCCAUCCUCGCGCCGCCCUGGGUGGGCUUGAUUGAAGAUGAAAUGGAGGACGAGGAUUUGAGAUAUCUGAGGCACAUGGCGUGGCGGCUGUUCUCCGCGCACGUCGUCGGCGACGCCAACGGGAUCGAUCGCCACGAGGCGCCCCAUGUGAGGCUGCCCUCCGCUCGAUUGUUCCGCAAGUGCGGUCUCCACCGGGCCUGCGCCGUCGACUCGCUUGCGGCGAUUGGUGACACAUUCGGCCACGAGGAAGGGCUCAUGACCUUCGACCAGUUCUGGCAGGUCAUCUCGGGGUCACAAUCGAGCGACGGCGUGGACCCGCCCUCGAUCCGGGAGUUCUUCGACAAGAAGCCGACGAUGAAGCAGCUCGCGCGCACCCACGUCGAGGCCGAGGCGCGCCAGCACGCGCGCAAAAUCGCGCGGAUGGAGCGCGACCACCGCGAGCACCACGCGCCGCCGGUCUUCGCGAACGUGUACGUAAAAUAGUGAUAUGUGUACUUACUACUA